CGCCACUAGAACUAGUGUAGUAAGCACCCUCCGUGAACUCCGCAUGAAAUGGCAACUUGCGCGACGCUAGCUGGCGGCCAAAGUAACCUGACAGACGGAAGAAGGGCAACCCAACCAGUCAAUAAGCUUCGCCAUCGGACAAAUUGACGCUACGAUCGACCGACCUCUCCCAGGUCCGCCGCCACAUACACCUCCCUCAGGUUAGGUAUUUUCUCAUCUUUUUGGCUUUUCUCGUUUGUGCCUACAUCAAUUUUCAACAUACCUACCCAUCAAAUUUCUAUCCGAUCUUCACAGUCAAAACCAUCCCGCGCCCAGAACACAAACAUACACCAUGGCCAUAGCGGACAAGCAGACUAUCGCAUGGUCGUGAUGUGCCGUGGGUCAACAACGGAACCCCACCUGUAGCACGCCCGGCCAUUCUUUUUUGACUUUUUUCUCCUCCUGCUGGUCAAUUCAUCUUGGCUCCGAAAUUGCAGCUUCCUCUCGUGGUGCUCCUGCCGAUGAGCUCGUAAACAGAUUUCUUCGACCCGCCCCAACGUAUUCCAAGUUUCCGACGAGAGUCCGGCCCAGAAACAGGCCAGGCCACCCGCCACCGUCGUUUGCAUUCGACCCUCAACUCGCCCGCUACACUUUGCCCACUUCGAUAUGGAGCAUGUGCAUGGUGUUGAUGUUAGUUGGAUGACCCACGGGUCUCCAAGAGAUAAGGUCGCCCGCACCCCGCAACGACGAAAUACGAUCAACUCGACGAAUUCCACAUCGCCCGACACCAAGUCCAUAUCCCCAAAGUCCAGUCAAGAUGGCCAGGCACCAGAAACGCCGACAGCGUCGUCAAGUCCACGGCCUGUCCCGGGGGCCCGGCCAGGUUCCGCCGGAUCCGAUAAGCUGACAAAUGGGUCCGGCACUCCACCUCAACCGUCGCCACAACGCCGGGGCUCGUGGUUCUCAAACAUAUCGUCCAAAUUUUCCAGCAGUAGCAACAGCAACGGUAGUGCGAACGGCAACAACCAAAACUCGCCCCAGGCUGGCACCACACCACCGAAACAGACCGAGAUGACCGUGCCCAGAGCAAACCCCGUGAAGAACGCGGUGCUACAGCAUGCGACUCGAUACGAGGGCGACGGCCCCUACACCCCGGCACCGCCCAAGGCAAGCCAGGCAGGACUGCUACAGGUCCUGCGCCGUUUGUCGUCGUCCGGCGGCAACGGUGGCGGCUCGUUGAGCGGCUCCACGUUCAACAAGAAGAACCAUGGGCUAGUGGCGCGGCAGGUGCUGAAUGUUGAUCGAAAUCGGGAAAGAUGCGCCAUGACGGAGCUCAACCAGGCGAAGCUGCGCAGAGUUGCCUUUUGCGUCGACGUCGAGAUUGCGCCAAUUCCCAAGUAUACCGAAGGAGAUGGCUCGGCAAAGAAGGCACUAUUGGCACCACAGCCCUCGAAGAAGAAGCCGCUUACCGAAAAGGGAGAGGGCGAGGCGCUGAAGUUGUCGAGGUCAAACGAGGAGGCCAAGCCAAAAGAUGCCAAGGAUGUGGACCGCAUUGCGAAAGCCUCCGAAGCCAAGGACGUGAAGAAGGCGGUCGCUUCCAGUCCGCCCAAGGAGCCUGCCGCAGCACCUCCGAAGGGCGGCGCUGAUACCAAGAAAAAGGAGAAAAAGAAGCGCAGUGAAGAGGAGAGAAAGGCCAGAAAAGAAAAGAAGCGUAAACUCGCGGAACUUAACGGCCAAAUACCUAUGGAAAUCUCCGUAGACAGUGACUACGAUUCGUCCGGCUCAGCAACAUGCGAUAAUAAUGCACCACCGCGGACACAAUCUGUGCCGACGACAAACCCUGUCCGCAUAUACCGCCGGUGUUGUCAACUACGGGAGACUCCUAUCCUGAAGAAGAUCACGGAGCAGCUGUCUAAUCCUAAUAAUGUCACGGCCGGCGGCGUUGUUGAGAAAUUAGACCUUGCCGGAUACUGGCUCCACCUGUCAGACCUCGUCACGCUGGGUGACUAUCUGGCCGUAGUGCCCAUAAAGGAGGUUAUAUUAGAAAACUGUGGGCUGAACGACGAGGGACUGCGAGUGAUUCUGUCCGGAUUGCUUGCGUCGAAGCGGUAUCGCAAAAGAAGUCGGAAAAGUACGAGACCAGACACACCUAAUGGCGAAUCUGACGCAGCAGACACUCGAGGUGGCGUCGUAGAGCGCCUAGUACUUCGGAACAACAAAAUUGGACCGGAGGGCUGGAAGCACUUGUGCUUAUUCAUAUACAUGUGUCGUUCCAUCACACAGUUGGACAUAUCAAAUCUCCCCUUGCCGCGGCCAGCAUCAGCGGCCGGCACUCAGGCUCAUCAUCACAUCACAAUACCUGGCAUGGCGCGGACCCAUUCAACUCCGCCGUCGAUCUGUCAACUCCUAUCGAGGAGCUUGGCUGGCAGGCUGGCGGGUUCUACCCUUGAGCUACUCAACAUAGGCGAGACAGCGCCAGACAUGCACGAGUUUGGCACUCUCAUGGAUGGCAUUAUUGCUUGCAGAAUUCAGCGAUUGGGUUUGGCGCACAAUGACCUCAACGCGGAUGGCGUCUCGCACGUCAAAAGGUUUAUAUCCAGCGAUUUUUGCUAUGGGUUGGACCUCGGGGGCAAUGAUUUACGGGAUCAACUAGACGUAUUGGCAGACGCGCUGCCUGAAGAUUCAGCUCUGUCUGUGCUGAGCUUGGCAGAGUGCAAUCUUUCACCGCAGUCUCUUUGCAAGCUUUUCUCCAAACUCGUCAAGCUCCAGGAGUUUCGCUUCAUUGACCUUUCCCACAACCAGGACCUUUUCCGCUCAGAGCCCAGCUGCAUUUCUGUGCUCCGAAGAUACUUGCCGAAGAUGGCUGGUAUGAAGAGAAUUCAUCUUGCCGAUGUUUCAAUGAAUUCGGAACAAGCGAUUACCCUGGCGGAAAUACUGCCCGAGGUACCUGGACUAGCUCAUAUCAAUCUACUCGAGAAUCCGGAGCUCUCCAAACUAGCAGACGCCAAGACCGAAGAAAGCCAAGAAGAAGCAUGCGCGUUCUACGCUUCCAUGUUGGCCGCGACGAGAGUUAGUUCGAGCAUUGUAGCAGUUGACAUGGAUGUCCCAACGGAGAACUCCGGAGAGAUAGUAAAGGCUUUGGCCAAACAAGUCGUGGCAUACUGCUUGCGCAACAUGGAAAAUUUGCCCCUGAACGGUACAAAUGGUGUCGACACAGCCUCAAGAAUGGAACUGGAAUAUCCAGACGUGCUUCAGCACUUGGUCGGCCAUCCCGAACUAGGACCAGACGCGGUUGAUGAUGAGAAUGAGCCGGCACCGGAUGACGAUUAUGUUAUUGGUGGCACAGGAGUGGUCAAGGCGCUUGCAUGCUGCCUCAAGAAUCGUGGCGAUGAUUCCCGACGACCUUCAGGCGAAUUCAACCGCAACGGUGACAUGCCACUGUUUACAGAUUCCACGGUGACAAGCCCAUUAUUACGACCAACCUCGAAGAAGCUGCCUCGUGUCAAAAAGGCCAAGGACAUGUCCAAGCAUCUUCUCGCAAACGCGAGAAAGAUCCGACAGCGGCUGCAACCUGCAAUGGCCAGAGCAAAGCUCACCUCGACCCACAGCGCGCAAGAUGCCCACGCCUACCAGCGCCUCUUGUUCUUGGACAGGACUCUAGAUGGCAUUAUCAAGCGUUUCGAAGACGAGUUCCCCGAAACCAGAGAGCCUGCGCCGGAAGACGAGGCAGAGACGGAAAGCCUGGAGACGGACCCCGAUGCUGCUGUGCCGUCGAUGGCGCUGUCAGGAUCAUUCGGAUCCGAGGCAGACCGCGCCGGAUGCGCGGUCAUCUCAGAUGGCGAAGACGAUGAUGAAGGAGUCGGGCUGCAUCGGCCAACAACCAUGUCUCGGAGCAGUUCGAUGCUGUCCAUUACCUCCAAGGGGCUCACCGAGGAGGAGGGACGGGCGCUGCGGGCGGGCCACAAGUUCCGCAGCAGUUUCACCCGGCAGCAAUUCGAUUUGGUAUCGGGCGCGGUCGAGGAGAUUGAGAAGGAUCCCAACCACGUACGCAUGCUGCUCGGCCUCAUCGAAGAUCUAGGCGACGAGGAGCUCGAUCGGAAGGUCGCUGCCCAGGGGGUAGUUGCGGUGUUCAAGCAGGACAAGGAGUUGAUCCAGGAGCUGAUGAGGGCACAGGAUCCGGAACAUUGGGAGAGGUUCGUCGAGUCUCAGCACAUGGCGAGAGCAAAUGUCAAGGUGGAAGAGAAGGGCCUGAUCGGGGCAGGUGACGAGGUGGCUAUAUUGGACUAAUUAUUUGGCAUUGCCCUGCGCGUCGAACAUUACACGACUAUUCCUCAAAAGAGCUUUACAUCUCGCUCUCAACCAACCAACCAACCAACCAACCAACCAAUCAAUCAAUCAAUCUUUGUGAAUCCCGUUUUUCUUUUCUUUUGUAUGAUGGCAAGGUUUCCUUGGUUUGUUUUGCGAACUUUGGGACUGUACACAUAAAAGACGUAUAUACUUGUCGAUUUGGAGCCCUUGGAAAGCAUGCUGCUCUUUCCCACUUGUUGCUGGGGCUGCCUUCUUGAACCAUUUGGACUCGGCAAUGUACUACUAUUAUUAUCUGGGAAAGAUUUGUGUGGAAUGUUGGGAUACGUCAUCU